AUGCCUGUAAGUAGCCAUGCUGCUCGCGUAUACCAGAGCUUCCGCCCAUAUCUUCGACACUUAACUUUUGCACGUCUUGCCACGUCCAUCUGAUCACGCAGAAGCUCGCUUUGCAAAUCCGAGCCCAGCUCAGCGGCGUAAAGGAGCUAAGGCCUUCGACGGACGACGCUCAGCUCGUGACAACGGUGAAAUGCACGAGCUGCCAAGAGGAACAUGCUAAGCCUGUCUCUUUCAACGUGACGGGUGAGGUGGAGGUGCAGGGUGGUAGAGGCGUCGCCAACUUUGUGAUGCAUUGCAGCGUGAGUCUGGUCGCCUCACUCGGUGCGGAUGUGGGCUAGUCACAGUGAUGAAACAGCUGCCCAGCAAGCUACAUCGCGCCGCGCUCACACCCUCCCCUCCCUUCUCCUGCCCUCGCAUCGUCCCACACGCAGUUUUGCAAAAAUCAAGGAUCGGCCAGUGAGCACUUUCGUAUCAUGUCAGAGCAAGAUGUACCUGUAAAGACCCGCUCAUGUCGACCAUCCGCUUCUUCUCUCGCCUGCCAGAGUUUGACACGCCCACUUCCAAGGUGCCCCUAUGGCAGCCCUACACCGGUCCAGACUAUGCGCGUUUGACAACUCUAGAAUUCAGAGGAUUGGAACCCGUCAGCUUCCAAGCGGAUCAGAUGACCUGGAGAUGUGCGGGCGAAGAGAGCGGCACCAAAUUUGACGACAUCGCUCUGGAGGAUGGGGAGUGGACGGAUUACGAUGAGAAGACGAACAAUGAGACGAGCAUCAUGGAAGUUGAAAGCAAAUGGGUCAGGGCGUAA